AUGGAAAUGACGGGGGAUGAUGCAAUGGUGAUCUCGUCUGGAGAUGAUCAUGAGGAGGUCGUUCCGCCAUCGUUGAGGCUAAUCGCAGGGGCCGCGUUCUAUGGCCAGUGCAAGGCUCAUCCUUUCGAAGAGUGCAAUCUCUACUGCGGAGUUUGUCAGGCAUAUAAAUUUGGCAAGCACGCAUCAUUCCAACUAGAUGACCUGGCGUCGGGGUGGGAUGUUUCCGAUAUAUGUCGAUACUUUUUCAACAAUCGUUUCGUGGCCUUCGUGCACAAAAGAGGAGACAGGAUUGCUCGCUCCCACGGUCAGAGUGACCCUAGGAAGUGCAAAUCUUGUGAGCACCGGUUCAAUCGCCGGCGCCAGUUGCCAGACACCAUGUUCAAGUACUGCUCCGUGGCUUGCAAGGUCCAAGCCGUGACGAAGUCGUUCAGGAUUCGACCAAAAAAGCAGGAGAACCCGCAGAGAGCUCCAUUUUAUUAG